AUGAUGUCAUGUGAUAUUGGUUCAAGUUCGGGUAAAGACCCUAGAACUACAUCAGCUACUAUUCCAACUAAUAAUCCAAAAUUUUCAGUUGUACCAGUAAGUGACACAAUAAUUGCUCCAAUUCUUCCAUCUAAUACAGCUAAACAAAACUCUAUUAGUUAUAUGCAAUAUCAUAAUGCUAUUAAUCCUUAUGAUAUCUAUAAAUAUCAAAAUAAUACAGCAUAUGCAACUACGACGGAAUUAAACCAUGCUUCAUCUUUAACAAGUUCAUCUUCAUUAUCAACUUAUGGUUCACAAAUAGGUUUUGAGCAACAACUUCCUUUGCAGCCACCGCAACAACUAGCUCAACCACCAUCACCACAACAACAACAGCAACAAAUUCAAGAAUCUGCAUAUCAACCUAUGUAUCCAUACGUAGACUCACAAGAAAAUAAUUAUGUGCAGCCUUACCCUUUUAAAGAUAAUAUUCCUUUCAAGUUAAAUAUAUUCAAUAAUCAAAAUGCUCCAAUUCAAAUCCAACAUCAUGAACAAUUAUCUAACAAUUUCAAUUCUCAAAACCACAUUCAACAUGUAAUUCAAAAAAGAUCUGUGAUAUCUCCUGUUGUAGUGUCACUGGUUGGUGUAAAAGACAACCAAGUUUCAACACCUCCAACUUCUCCCAGCGUAUAUCAGAAUAAUUCUUUCUAUUCUCAACAAUAUCAUCAACUUAGUACUCAUAAUUCAGUUCCUACAACUAGUAGUACUUUAACAUAUGAAGUUGAGGAUCAACAUAACCAUGACGGAUUUUUUAAUACAGAUAUUUUUAGUAUUGGUGAUGCAACAACAGCAGCUGCCGCAGCUGCAGCAGCUACAGUUGCUUCGAUGUCUGGUCCAUCUAUUUUGCCAAAUUCACAUAUUAAAAAGUUUGCUAAUUCUUUAGCUCAUCCUUCAGUAAUUAUUCCAAAUACACCUAUUUCAGAAGGAGAUUUUGAAAAUUCUCCAAAAUAUAUUACUACUGCUAACAAUGAUACACAGAGUUCCAAAUCUCCUACCGUCAUUCUUGAAUCUCAACUUUCACCUUAUAAUAAUAUGAGAAGAUCCAUAUCUUCUUCUAGUGUUAUUAAAUCAAAUGUAAUUAAAAAAGAAUCUUAUUCAGAUCCUACGUCUCCUAUGGAUGUUAAUAAAGCCUUGGCCUUAGCUACAAAGGCUUAUUCAAGACAUUUAAAUAAUGCAGAUAUUUAUGAUGAAGGUAGUGAACAUCAUGAUCAUGAUCAUGAUGAAUUUGAUGAUGAUUACAAUUCGAGACAUCAUUCAUUACCAUCCACUUAUCAUCGUAAAUCUGGUGGUUCGAAUAAUGGGAAUGAUGUGGUCAAUAAUCCAAACAUUAAAAACUUUAGGAAUGUCGUUUAUCAAUUAUACAGUGAACGGAAGAUCAAAGAGAUUAAAUUGAUUGAACCACAUUUAAAAUGCUUUAAGAAUCACUGUAACAUUAAAUUCAAUAACUACUUUGACUACAUAAAUCACUGUUAUUUUGAAAAUAACAAACUAAAUUUUGUAGAGUUUAGAUCAUUCCGAUGUCCUGUACGGGAGUGUCCAAUGAACUUAAUUGGAUAUGAAAAGAAGGCUAAUUUAAGACAUCAUGUGGUAAUUGAACACUUUCAAAGAGGCCAAGUUAUGACUAAAUAUCAAAAUUAUUGUAAUGAAUUAACACAAAUAAUUUAUGUAUGUGGUCAUGAAGACUGUGGCAAAGGAUUUUAUAGAAGAGAUAGUUUGACGAGACACUUAAAAUUAGUGCAUCAAAAUCAUCUAUCACUAUUUAAUCAGAAAAAGAGACAAAUGCUGUUGGUACAAAAUAAAGCCGAUCAUAUUGAAGAAGAAUAUGAACUUGGCAUUACUCCAAAAAGGAGAAAGACUGGAACUUAA